UUUAAAGAAGCUAGUUGCAACUUGGAAUCCACCCCAUUGCCCCUAACUAUCAUUGACUAUGCUAGCCCACCAACUAUCAAUCCUUCUUCCAGUCUACUGUCAGCACCACCUAGCAAGUCAACCCCACUCACACCAUACUUCAUGACCUCCUUCAGCCGCCUACCAGACGAGCUCCUUCUGCUCGUGGCCCAGCAGUUGGCCACUCAACCAGACAUCUACCAUCUAGCCCAAGUCAACGCGCGCUGCUACCGAGCACUACAUAGCCAUCUCUGCGCCCAUAACGUCCAGCACCACGGAAGCACGGCCUUACUCUGGGCCGCGCAGAAGGGAAACCUCUCACGUAUAGCCAAGCUACUAGCCGCCGGCGCCAGCAUCGUCACCUGGUCACGCCAGGAAGAGAUCUGGGAGGACAGCGUCGGCCAGCAAUGGAUCUUCUUCCCGCCCGAGAAUCCCCUAUUAGAAGCAGCGCAGGGAAGCCACACCGCGGCUCUCCAGCUCAUGCUCGAAGAGAACCGGCCGAACCAAGCCGCCAGCCUAGAUCAACUGCGGACGCUCCUCCACUGGGCCCUCCGAGCCCACGACGGCCCGCUGGUUGAUCUACUGGUGGGCCAGCGGCGUGCCCCGUUCGAUUCGCGCACCUACAGGGACUGGCCGUCUCCGACGACACCAGACACGUGGCCUUCAGCGCUCAACGUGGCCCUCGAGGCCGAGUAUUACACCAUUGUGCCCCGCCUGGUUCUGCUGGAUUAUGGCCUGGAUCUCCGGCUCUAUGGUAAAGGCGCCCUUUGCGUGGCGAUUUGGGCCGGUCACUAUGAUAUAGUGAAGAUGCUGCUUGACCACGGUGCUUCUACGAGGCUGGGGUGUAUCUGGGAGAGCACGGAUCGCAGCCCCCAGAUGGAUGGGUAUACCCCGCGGGGCUCACGCGGACUGACAGACUUCGAUAUGGCAAGGGAGCAGGGGUUCGAGGAGGCGGCAGACCUGCUUUUAGAGUUCGAGAAAUCUGACCCGGAACCUUUGAUUACUGUUUCUGAGGAGGCCGGGGGCCUGCUAUUCGGAACUCCAAUCGAGUUACUGGACCCAGAUCUUGUUGUACCCGGUCGUGUUGAACUUCUUGUUUUGGAUGUGCCGGAUGGCGUGACUGAUGCUUCCCAGAUCUGGGAGGGGAUGUCCAGCAUUACGUGA